AUGCCAUGCCAUGCCAAGUUGCCUGCCAACCCCCAGAGCCAAACCCAACAAAAGGGAGCGAAAGGUGGUGGAGUCAACCACAUAGCGUGAGUCUUACCCGCCCCAACCGCCGAAAGCUAUCCGACGCGGCCUUUACCCCUCACGCCAGCCCACGCUACAAAGAGCCGAGCAUACCUUCCCAGGCCGUCCCCUACACACACAAUCUAGUCUCCUGAUCUCGUCGUCUCUCAAUCCCGUAGAUCACUUCCACAGUAGCCAGCCAGCCGCCCGGAUUAGCCAUGUCCUGCUUCGCCGUGCCCGUGCGCACCUCGUCGUCGUCGUCGAGGAUAAGCGGCAGCAGGCAGCCGUGGCGGUGGUGGCGCAAGUGCGCGGGCCUCGCCGCCGCGGCGCACACCAAGCUCCGCCGCACCGCCUUGCGUGUCCGGUGGUCGGCCACGGGGCGGCUGGGCGGCCACCGUCGGCGCGCGCCGGCGCCGCCCCUGCUGUCCGUGCAGCGCGGGGACCACAUGAGCUUCGCGCCGGUCUACGUCGACGAGCUCUACAGCCAGCCCAAGGGCCUCAGCGUCGUCCACGAGGAGCAGCAGCCGCAGCCCAGCACCAGCAAACUCGCGCGUCCAGCCGGCAGUGUGAACAAGGCACGCGUGCAUGGCGUAGCCGCUGCUACCGGUGGCAACAAAGCAUGUGCGGCGGCGGCGGCCGCCAAGAGCCUCGGCGUAAGGGGCUUCUUGCUGAGCCCGGGCAGAGGGUGCGUUGGGAUGGGGGAGGUGGACGUGAGGGCGGAGAUGUUCAUCAGGAAGUUCAGGGAGGAGAUGAGGCUGCAGAGCCAGAGGUCGGCCGAGGAACUCCAGGCCAUGCUUGCAAGAGGCCUAUGACCUCCAUCAUACUAGUAGUAAUAACUCAUCUUCUCAUGGAUGUACUUAAUUAGCCACGAGGAUGCGUAGAUUAGCUAUAGCUUGGUUUGGUUUGCGAUUUGGGUAAAUGUUUCGAUUGGGAGCUUGGUUUUCGCCUUGUAUAUAGGAUUGUAGUAUCCGUUGAUCGCAUGGAAGUACAUGUAUUAUUGGGUAUUCAUUACAAGAAGAAAAGAUGUGUUGAACACUUAUAACA